AUGUUCUUCAACUGUGGCAAAUACUUCCGAGACCAAAUUUUUGACGACGCCAGCCAGAACAAUAUAUCAGGCCUGCUUAGCCAGCGAAAGCAUGUCUAUGAAAUCCCUAGAAAGAAAAUGGUCAUAUACGGCCGCAGAUCAUUUUCUGUUUCCUGGUUUACCAAAGUUGUCAAGAAUUAUGUCCAAAUUCCUUCCCGACUUAGGCAGGACCCCGAUCCGCACCAGCUCCAUGAUGUGUAUGUUGUUCUACGACCGGCUAAAUUGUCUCGCGCCUUUGCUAGCAAUGGGCCUGCAUGCGACUUCUCUCUUUACAGCGAUGGCCACUUCUACUACGCCGGAAAGGGUGAUAAAUUGUAUAUCAUAACCAUCAGGGACGAUGACUACUCGGGCUUAAACCAGCUAAACCUUGUCUCAAAUACCUCUCCGGCGCCACCUUCCCUCGCGUAUCAUCUCGGAAAGACAAUUUACUCCCAAGAGCAGAUAUAUGAUGUUGCCCUAUACGUGGUUGAUCAACUGAAUCAAUAUCAUUUAUCUACGACUGAUUACAGACAAUUCGUUUUCGAACUUGCAACACGAAUCAUAUGCGCCCGAAGAAACAGCACCGUUUUUAUCGGGAAUUGGAUGCAGAUUGUUGCACAAGACCAGUUGCUUAGAGCUACCGGGCCAGAUUGUAUUGCCCCUAGUGGGUUUUAUACUGGUAGUCGCCUUGCCGGCCCUAACGAAAGAAUCGAUACCUGGUGCGCAAGAUAUUCCCUCAAACGUAAUGUUGAGAUCAACGCAGACAGGCUAGCUGCCUGUUGGUAUGAGGGCAUGCAGGGAAUAUCGUCAUUUAACAUUUCUUGGUGCCAUUGCUUUCCUAGAUUUUGGAUCCUGGAAAAGCAAGGCGAGACUCCGAAAAACGUGAGCAACCCUUUGGCAGCUUCCCAGAACGCAAAGUCUAUCCGGCUUCCUUCGUCAAAGAUCUAUCAGAGAUUGCGUCUGGCGGUGAUCUUCGCUCUUCGUGAAGGAGCACAAAUCCCGGAUUGUCUCGAAACUAUACAUUGCUUCUCUAGCCUGUACUACAUUCGUACGAAGGUGAGCAUGACUGAAAAAGAGUUUUUGAAUCAAAUGAGUUUCAUCUACAGUCUUGAUGCCGCUAAGGUUGUAUUUCAAAAUGGAUUUGAGGACGACCUUGGGUCAUAUUUACGAACACCGAGUGAUCUGGAGCCAAGCAAAUACGCCAGAUCCCCUUCUAAGCUGAUCUCGCGCACAGCAGAAGAUGGAAAAAGCAUUGGUAUAUGGGACACCCUACGUCCCUACGAGGUUCAAGUAGCGGGGUAUCAGAAAGGAUAUGGGUACCAGAUUCUAGUAGAUAAGGCACUGGCUUUUCCAAAAGAACCAAAGCCGCAUACUCGAGGCGUUAUAAUGUGA